AGCACUGACAUCUGUCAUAUGCGGUCAGUUGUGUGAAAAUUGUUUAGUUUUAAGGUUAUAAUAAAUUCAUUUUUAAAAAUGAAAAUGUUUAAAAAAAUGUUCAUGCAAUUUAAUAACUUAAUAUUGUAUUUUUAAGCAGCAAAUAGUAUUAAAACAAUUGUAUUUUAUUAAGUAGACAGUAGAUAUUUGUCAUUUGAUUUCGUCGAAUAAUAUUUCAUUAAAAAUGCAAGCUUUGGGUGUCACAUGGCGUAGGAUAACAAGCAAUGUUCGGAUAUCCAGUGCUUCUACUGUUUUCAGAAAUGCAGUUAAAAUUGCUUUUAGUGAUAAAUAUUUAUUUUAUACUAAUGUUACCAUAUCUGUAACCUUAUCUUCUAUAGGUGAUAUCGUUGAACAAACCUAUGAAGUAUAUAGUAAAGAAUUAGAUAAAUAUAAUCCUAAAAGAACUGUGCACAUGGCAUUUUCGGGUGCUGCAGUAGGCGUUCUAUGUCACCAUUGGUACAAGAUUUUAGAUAGAUUUAUAGUAGGUAAAACAUUUGACAUGGUGACAAAGAAAUUAUUACUAGACCAAUUAAUAUUUUCACCAAUUAUGAUUGUAACAUUUUUUGGUAGCCUCGCACUGUUCGAGCAGGAUCCUGUUGCAAAUUUUAAAGAGGAAGUUAGACACAAGUUUCUUACAUUAUAUCAUGCGGAGUGGUUAGUCUGGCCUCCGGCGCAGGUUAUUAAUUUUUAUUUCCUACCAACUAGAUAUAGGGUUUUGUACGAUAGUACAAUAUCCCUAGGGUAUGAUGUUUACACUUCUCAAGUUAAACAUAGAAAAUCAUCACUUAAAAGUCUACCUCAGGAAUCAAAGGCCGGGGCUUUUAGUAAAUAAUGUAUGUUCAAUACGAUUUAUUUCCGAUGGUAAAUGUUCCUUUCUGUUGCACAUAUGUAGUUAAUUACAUAGUAAAAUACAACAUGGAAGAAGCUUCAUUGUGAUAAUUGUAAAUGAAUAAGUAUACAUUGUUAAACAAUUAUUUGUUGUAAUAUAAUAAUUAUACAUUAUUAUAUAAAAUUGUU